GUCUCAGGUGGUCUCGCCUAUUAUUUUCUCCAAAACACAAUAUUUGUGUCAAUACUUUUUAAUCGGCCAUAUUAAUGAUAAAUUAAAAAAAAAAAACAAUAUUUGUGUCAUUCUCCCCAACUCUUUGCCGGGGCUUGCUUAGAAGAUACUUCAAUCUUAUUUGUCGAAGCUUAGCUGUGAGUAAGCAGUAGGUGAAAUCUGAAAGAGGAAGCAGCAAGCAUCUAUUAGUGCAUCUAUUAGGGUUCUCCGCUCAGAGUUCAAACAUUCAAGCGCCAUUCCAAUCGAUUACCGCGUUCUGGGUGGAGCAAUGGCGGAUUCAAUUUGCAGAACAAUACGAGAUGGGGCUUUAGAAGGAGAGCAUGCACCAUCUCUUACCAUCAAAGACACAACAGCUUCUCCAUACGGAUUCGGCGUUUUCACUCAUGUGCUCUCCCAAGCCUCGACCCUCAUUUUAGCCGGAGAAUCACAGUCACGGUCAGUACAACACAGUUCUAAUGUUCAGUGCAUUUGUUUCCCGGAAAUAACUCUCUUUUUUCCUCUCCAAUUUGACCUGCCGUUUACAGUUUACUUUAGUCCUCAGCUUCAGUGAUUAUUAUUCGUUUGAGGUAAGUUUUGCUGCAGAGGAUUGGUGGUGGUUGCAUAUUCGCGGAGUCCCUCGUUCUACCUGGAUUUCUUGACAAGAAGUGGAGUUGAUGUUGCUUCUUCUCAGAAAUAGUACUGGAUGUUUCUGUUUGUUUGUAGUUUUGGAACUUUCGAAAGGUCUGCAUAUGCGGCUGUGGACCUUCAUAUUGUUGAUUGGUUGCAACAGGAUUCAUAUUUUGGACUGUUAUACGGACCCUCUUGGCUGGAAGCAUCAGUUAGCGGACUCGGGGAUUUUGCCAAGCAAUUCUUCAGCCGGCGCUUGUUUGUUCCAGGAUGUGAAGGAUAUCAACAAGUUGCAGUCUUUGAUUCUUGAAUUGGGUUCAGGAUUGGUUGGUCAAGGCAAAGUUCGUUUUUCUGUUGCCAUUGAUUCGGUAACUGAAAUGCUGAGGCAUGUACCUCUUUCUAAAGUAGCAGCGUUGAUCAGUGACCUACGUAGUCAUGAUCAAAUCUCUAGCAUAUUUUGGUUGCUGCAUUCAGAUAUUCAUGACGUUAGGGUGACUACUUCCCUUGAAUAUCUGUCCUCUAUGGUAGCCAGUGUAGAGUCACUUAACCAAUCUUCUGAUGGGCUUAGUGGAGACUUGGGGAAUUUAUCCCUGUUGGAACAAAAUUUCAGGAGAGGAAAGUUUCAUGUCCGGUUCAAACGUCGAAAUGGUCGUGUUCGUGUGAUGAACGAACAAUUUCAUAUGGAGGAGUCGGGGAUCAAGUUUACUUCUGUUACUGUAGAGGAUGGAUUAGUCAGUCAAGGGCUUGUGCCAAAGGUGCUAUUCAAUCUGGAGCUGUCGGAGAAGGAGAAGCUCGAGAGAGCCAGAGUUGUCCUUCCUCUUGAGCACCAAGGAAAUGGUAAACCUAUCCAAAUUUAUGAUGGCCGGAGAUCUCUUGCACCUGAGAGCAUGGGUGAGGUGUCAGCUGACACUUCACAAAGCAAUACGGAAGAAUGCAGUAAUGGUGGUGGUGAGAUAAUAUACUUUCGGGAUUCAGAUGAUGAUAGGCCUGAUUCUGACGAGGACCCUGAUGACGAUCUUGAUAUAUAAUAUUUUUAUGAAAUGAACUGAUUGCCCCCCCCCCCCCCCCCCCCCCCCCCCCCCCCCCCCCAUGUUUUGUAUGGACAAGUCCAUCUUGAUAUCUAAUUACGGUGGCUAACAAAGAACUGCAGAAAGAAAUCUGAGUUUGUAUAGUGAAGGAUAGGCAGUGAACUUAUGGCUUUUGGUAGAAGAGAAUGGAGAGGUUGUUGGUUCAUGCUAUCGAACUGGCUGGAUGAGUUUUGAUUGGAAAAUGAUGCGCGAGACCUCCGGGUGUAAAUUCGAGCUAAUCUCCCUGUUUGAGGUGAUAAAGAUUGCAGUAAUUCACUAAUUUGAGACAACAUGCAAGCUGACAUUAUAUUAGGCACCAAAGUGCAGUGCAAUUAAGCAGCCAAGUCAAG